UCUUCAAUAGCCUGAUAACACGGACGAGUUUGUUAAAAGUCAAUUUUUUUUAUUGUAAGUUGGUUUAUAUUUUAACUAUCGUACUGUAUGAACAAUAUUUUUUUUUUUUUUCAAACGAUAAGUAUAAAUAUCUGUGAUUGGUUAAAUUAUUUUAAUUUGAUUGGUGUGUUUUUUUUACUAAUGUAAAUAAUCAAAAUAUAUCCGACAUGUCAAGCUUAAUUAUAACAAAUUGGUAAACUUAAAUGUACUGUUUUUUAAACAGAGUUCAAAAUGUUGAUAAAUUUUUCAAAUGAAGGCCUCACGACUGAAAUAGCGUGUGACAGGAUCUGUUCUGACGACUAUGAUGUCACUAAUCUGAUAUCGCUUAAAGCAUCGGAAAGGAGUAGAGGCUUCCUUGCCGGACAUUUCAUCAAACCACCCGUACUGAUCAGGCUCAAGUUUAUUUGUGAUGUUAACAUAGAAUCGGUCAUUAUCAAUUCAAGGGUUGGCCAACAGAAGUCAUCCGGCUUUGAGGUAUUCACUGCGAGAGACGGCUGUGAGGAGGUGUUUGUCGGAUCGGGUCUUGCUCAGGGCGAUGCUGUCGAGUUUCAUAUACACGGUCGGUCGGACAAGGCCGACUCAUUUUCAUUUAAGUCUUCAAAGUACCUCAACAAAAUCAGGCAGCUCGCUAUUCGGAUAUUUAGGACUGACGGCUCGACAUUGCCCUCGUUGAAGCGACUCGAUGUGUGGGGUACUGUGAACAAGAUCACCACCAAAGAGGAUACCGAAAGGGUCCUCCAGAUUUGGAAGAAUAUUUCAGACCCGCCUAGAAAAACUGUGGAGACUGAAAAGAAAGAAACUCCAUGCCAGAAAAGGUUCAGGUACACAAAGCCAAUUCCGACAGUAGAAAUUCCGGAGGAAUUCAUUGAUCCUAUAACAUGUGACUUGAUGACAAUCCCCAUGACCUUGCCCUCGGGUAAAGUAGUGGAUGCUUUGACACUUGAAAAGUUCUACGAAUCAGAGAAGGAGCAUGGAAGGGGACAGAGCGACCCUUUCACCGGGGUGGCCUUUUCAGAUUCGAGCAGGCCAAUUGUCGCAACAUCAUUGAAGGCAAGAAUGGACAAAUUUUUAUUAGAAAACUCUUUCGUUCCAGAGUUGAAAAAUGCUCCUAGGGCGUUGGGAAAAAAAUCAGAAGUUGUCCCUCUUGUUUCGACACCAGGACCAAGUCAGUGCUCUGGGAAGAAGAGGAGUUUUGAAGAAAUGCUACAAACUUGUCUCUCGGGGCUUCCGUCCUUUCUAGAAAAUGCUAAAGUGAAAAAGUUGGACAAAAAUUGCGCCAAAUGCACGAGUGCCAAAUUACUUUUUAAACUCUCCUGUGAUCAUUUGGUCUGUCGUGUUUGCCUGUGUGAAUUAAAGACUGAGAAAGACUUAAUUUGUCCCACUUGCUGGGAAAAAAUAGAUCUGUAUAAAAUCAACAGGUUUCAUGUUGGAACAUAUUUUUAAUAUUUACUGGGGCUGAGGAGAAAUAAUAGUACACAACAGUACGAACCUAUUGUUUCAGAUGAUAAUUAUUAAGUUUAUCAAAGGCUGACACACUCUUCACAACAAUAUUUUUAAUACUUCUAACAUUAAUUUAUAAUAACUUUCCACUCUUAAUGGUUCACGUGUAUCUUUUGAGAACAAUUAUUUCUAGUAAUAUUAUAAUUUAUACUAAUAUUAUAAUAUAUAAUUAUACAAUGUUCAACUUCCAACUAAAAACAAAAAGAUUUUCCAUUUGUAAUUGCUGAUGUGGAAACAUGCCAAAAAUAUGAAAUAAAUUCGUAAUGAAAUAA